AAGUGGCGCCGGAGCAGGUGCCGCCGGAGCGGGACGCGCACAGGAUGGCGGAAGCGGAAGGGAGUUCGCCGCUCCUGUUGCCGCCGCCACCACCCCCGCCCGGAAUGGCGGAAGUGGAGGCGCCGACGGCGGCCGAGACGGACAAGAAGCAGUUUAGCUCCUCCGGCGGCAGCACCAUGGACGUGGAGCGGAGCCGCUUCCCCUACUGCGUGGUGUGGACGCCUAUCCCGGUGCUCACGUGGUUUUUCCCCAUCAUCGGACACAUGGGCAUCUGUACAUCCACAGGAGUCAUUCGGGACUUCGCUGGCCCCUACUUUGUCUCGGAAGACAACAUGGCCUUUGGGAAGCCUGCCAAGUACUGGAAGUUGGACCCUGCUCAGGUAUACGCUAGCGGACCCAAUGCAUGGGACACAGCUGUGCACGACGCCUCUGAAGAGUACAAACACCGCAUGCACAAUCUCUGCUGUGACAACUGCCACUCGCACGUGGCAUUGGCCCUGAACCUGAUGCGCUACAACAACAGCACCAACUGGAACAUGGUGACACUCUGUUUCUUCUGCCUGCUCUAUGGGAAGUAUGUCAGCGUCGGGGCCUUUGUGAAGACCUGGCUGCCCUUCGUCCUCCUCCUGGGUAUCAUCUUAACCAUCAGCCUGGUCUUUAACCUGCGGUGAUGGCUGCCCCAUGGCCUUGGACCCACCAGGCUCCUGAGGAGGCAUCUGCCACCCCUUUUGGUUCCAGAUCCUUUCUCCUCACCCCAAAAGGCAGGGAUGGACCUGCUGGUUUUGACCCAGGAGUCUGGGCUAGGUGGGAUUAGGCUGAGGAUGAGCAUGGGGUAGGGGUAUUUGUUUGUUGUGUCUCACUGGUCACUCAGAAGUUCCCUGUCCACUCCUUCCCAGGCUUGUGACCCUAGCGCUUGAGGGUACCCUCCUGUUCAUCUGUUGGAAAGGCCUUAGCUUCCCUCUGUAGAGCUGCUCCUGCCACUGUGCUGGGCUCCCUCCGCCUCAGCCCAGUGCCUGGUGGGGGACAGGAGGACAUUAGGACCCACCAGACAAGGCAGCACAGGGGCCAGAGCUGGAUUUGCCAGAGCCUGUCCUGCCAGGGCUCUGGUCCUGGGGAGGGUGGGGAAGACUAAGAAGUCUUCAUAAGCUAGGCUGCCCUGGGGCCUUUACCACUGGCCCCUAGAAUGGUUCAGUCGGGCUGGAUGGGCCCCCACUUGCGAUGUUUGCCAGAAGCUGCACUAGGGGUAGUUUGUGCCCCGUCUCUUAGGGUCUUCCAGCCCAUGCAGCACCCUCUGUCCACCCUCCCAGGGCCUCCGAGUAUUUGGGCCCAUUUCCCCCCAGUGGUUUGGGGCCUGGGCUUCCCCAGCCAGGCUGGAGAGAUGAGUGACGCUGAUGUGUCCAGAGUCACCCCCUGUAGAUCACAGCAAUGUAAACAAAGCUGGGUCCCGGCCCCAGGUGUGGGCCUUGCGCUGGUGAUGGCACCCCUUGGGUCCAAGAUGUGGGGGGCCAUCAGAGCAACCAGCACCAUCAGGGAGUUAAAGUGGAGCUGUUUCCUCCCACCCACCAUGGACCCCCCUUCUCUUCGAGUUGUGGGAAGAGCCUGUGCUGCUGCCUCACCCCGCCCCGUGGAGUCCUUUGUGCGGGGCUUCCUGGGCAGGAAAUAAAGAGUUAACUCCAGUCA